AGAUCAGACGCAGAGAUAAAUCUGCUGUAUAAUAGUGAGAUCAGUUCAGAGAGCUGCAGAGGUUGUAGUUGUCUGAUGAUGGAGAUACAGAAAGGAGCUGAGCUCUGUUUUCCACAACUCCUCAACAUUUCUUGCAGGAAGCCGACACUUCACUGGUCCAAAGCUGUGCUCCUGAACAUUGUCUUGUCCUGCAUCUCUCUGCUCACUGCUGCUCUAAACCUUCUCGUGAUCAUCUCAGUCUCCUACUUCAGGAAGCUUCACACACCCAGCAAUAUCCUCCUACUCUCUCUUGCUGUCUCAGACUUUCUCAUGGGUCUCUUGUUGAUGCCAGCAGAAAUCCUUAGAAGCAUGGCCUGCUGGGUACUUGGUGAUCUUAUGUGUUCUGUUUAUUUUUUUCUGGCUGUAAACAUUAGCUGUGCUUCAAUAGGGAACAUAGUUCUUAUAUCAAUUGACCGUUAUGUGGCUAUUUGUGACCCUCUGCAUUACUCCACGAGAAUUACUGUGCCUAGAGUCAAACUCAGUGUUUGUCUGUGUUGGUUUUAUACAACUUUCUACUGCAGUUUUUAUACGCAAGAAAUGCUGAUUGAACCAGGCAGGUAUAAUUCCUGUUAUGGUGAGUGUGUGUUUGUCAUCAGUGAUUUUUUUGGAAUGGUUGACCUUAUUUUAUUUUUUAUUCUUCCAGUUUCUGUCAUCAUAGUUUUGUAUAUGAGAGUAUUUGUGGUGGCUGUGUCUCAGGCUCGUGCCAUGCGCUCUCAUGUUACAGCUGUCACACUUCAGCGUUCAUUGAAUCAAACAAACAAAUCUGAGCUGAAAGCAGCCAGGACUCUGGGGGUUCUUGUAGUUGU